AAAAGUUUUCGGUAAGAUCCGACAAAAAGUUGUAUCUACAAGUUAGUUGCCUUAACUUUCCCUAUUGGGAAGUUAAGGUAACGUAAUGUAAGAAAUCGUUUAAAUUCACUCAAGCUAUACUUAAUAUUAUGAUGAUAUAACUGGACAAUGAUGAAGGCGGUGCAAAUUAACUGCUCGCUGAUGAAACAAAACGAAGAACGUACAUUAUUGAUCGAAUCGAGCGUGCAGUUUUAACAAAAUGACUUGUGGAUAGACGAGCAAGUUACGUUGAAACAAGUUUAUCAGAACAGCAAUAAACGUUUCCGAUGUCUUCCUACUAUUAAGGAGUUAUUAUGUUGCAUUAUUUUGCUACAGAACAAAAAUGUAUGAUGGACUAAUUGUAUUAUAUGAAGUAUUAAAUUUAAAAGAUAUAAUGCAUUAAUUUAAUCAACAAAUGAAAUUAUGGAACAGAAUGAACUGAAAUGAGCUUAAAAAACUGUCAGCAUUGUAUAUUGGUCCUUUUGUGUUUGUUUUUUUGGUGUUAGUGGUUGAAUGUUGUAUAUUCCUGGUUGUUAUUGAGUGCCAAGUUUUAUUUUGACCAACAUAACUGAAUCAAAUCUACCUCAUUUUUUUUAUAUUGUACAGUUUGUAAAAUUAUGUGAACUCAAACAUGCAUUUUAACACUAAACAUUGCCGGGUAGGAAAUAUUACAAAACAUCACAUGCGUAAAUAUGCUAGUGGUAAUAUAUGUAGCCUUAAUUCGAAACUCAGAAAAUUUGUUUUGAAAUUUUUGCCAUUUAUUUACAGAAAAUGCAAUGUUUACGGUUAAGUGAGAGUUUGUUUUAUUGUACUUAAAAAGUAUGUUUUUGUUUGUGUUUUAUUUGCCCAUACCUCAGGAUAAUGAUAUGUCGUAUACCUCAUGUGUUCUUUGAUAAUAUUACAAACCAUACGUGCUUUUUCUCACAUUUACAGUAACUUUAAAACAUGUAAUGUUGCACAUUAAGUCAUUAACACUAUGCCGUGUAUUCCGUGUUUUAAAUAAUCACCUUAAAACGUCAGACGUACAACAUUUUGUUAAUUGCCAAAAUUUAAACAGUUAAAUAUCUUUACCUUUUUAGGCAUAAUCAACAGCUUUUCUAUUAAUGAACAAACUUGAAUUUUCAAUAAAUUGUUGCACUGUUUAAUCAAAUACCUUGUAUAUAAUGUAAUCUUCUGUACAUACAUGUCUUAAAAUUUUCAGAUGGACAUUGUAUAGCAGUAAAUGUUACAUAUUUUUCUGUGCUUAAACUGGUGCAAAGAGUGGAGGUUUAAUCUCUGCAGUUAAAAUGUCAGCUCCAACAAGGAACAGACCAUACAGAAAAGCGUCUGAGUAUUUAGGAACCACUGCAACCAAUAAAGUUCAAGCGAAAACCAACUCAUUCACUUCAAACAAUGCAAGCGGGGAUCAUAAUUCAGCCAAUAUCACAAGGAAGAUUGAACAAAUGUCAGCAGAGUUUGAACAAAAGAAGGAAUAUUUGCAAAAUGAACUUGAAAUUUCCCAAAGGAAUUUAUCAAAAAGCGAGGAACAAAUUAAAAACCUUCAAUCAAGCUAUAUUUCUUUGCAACAAAAGAAUGCCAACUUAGAAGAGCAAUUACAAAAGAUGAAAUAUUUUGAAAAUGAGAAUCAACUUCUAACCAGAGACGUUGAUGAUUUAGCCAACAAACUAACAGAGUCCAAGAAUGCUCUGCGUAAAGCUCAAGAAGACAAUGAAAGAUUAAGAAAAGAUUGCAAUGCAGCUGUUCAACUACUUAAAUGUCAUCCUUCCAAUUACCAAGUUCCAAAGCAAGAAAAACUGCCUGUUGAAAUCCAGGAAAAGGUGGAGAAUUACAAAGUUCAAGUGCAAGACUACCAUGAAUACAUCAACCCAUAUGAUGAUUCAGAUAGCGACACGGAUGAGGAAAAAACACCAUCCAAACAUCCAUCUCUCAUCCAUUUAGAUGACCAACCACAGCUUCCCAACCCAUCAAAUCCAUCUGUUCCGUUUGAGUUGCUUGCCAAUGUGCUUGAAAAGCCAGAGCAUGUUUAUCUUAACUUGGAACCAUCAGAUUACAUUCGUGACCCCAAACUAACCUCGUUAUAUAAACCAGGACCAACCAACAAAGCUCUCAUCAAACCGGAUUAUGAAGCAUUGAAAGAACAAGAAUCAUCACCAUGGCAACGAGCUCCUUCACACGAUGUCACUGUUACACAGAACGACGAUAUUGACGACUCUCCUGCCGGGGCCUACGGUGCGUAUUCCGUUGGCAGAAAGCGUAACCAAUACAAAACUGAUGCAAGGCCUGUAAGUUCUCAACCACCCUCGCAACGAAUUAUUCCACCAAAUAGUCCUGCUCGUAAAAUACAACUCUCUCCACCAAAAAGAACCUCGCCAAAGAACGCUGACCCACUAAUUUCAUUUACACAAGAGGUAAACCCCCAGCAGUCCCAAACUGAGUUGGAGCCCGCUGUCAAUCAACUGCAACUCAUAGAUUUGAGUGACACUCUAUCAUCACCGCAGCAUUACUCACCAUUUGAAGCAACCACGCCAGUCACUCCAGGUUCAGACCCAAGUGUUUCAAGCAAUAGUUCACCCAGCAAAGUUUCCCAACACUCAGACAUAUCUCAUCUUCAUAACGAGAAUGAAGAUUUUCCUACUUUUAGACGAAACAGCUUUGGCUGUGCACAAGAGUAUGGUAACCUAAUGAACUGAAAAGCAUUGUGUUUAUAGAAACUACCUGAAUACAUUUACAGUGUCAACAGAGUAGAAAUAUUACAUUAAUUUGUGGUUAAAAUUUAGAUGCAAUUUAUUUUUUUUUGAUUAAUCAUAUGUUUUUGAUUUCAUUUCAAACAAAUCAUUGCACAUGCUGUAGGUUUUUGGUGGACUUUGCCAGUGUUUGUAUAAAUUACAAUUAAAAUCUUUAUGCCAGGUUUAUUACACUAUUUUCAUUGUGACUUGAAUGUACGUUACAAUUUUAUUUUUUGUGAUUUUGACAAAUUGAAGCUGUAGAUAGGCUUAUUCAUAUAAUAUUUCAUUCUACCUAAUAUAUUCUUUACUUCACAUAAUAAAUCCUAACUUGCCAUAUAGUAUGUUGCUUUUAUUAAAACUGUUACAGGGUAUGUGCUCUCGUAAGAAUUUAUACUUUUUUUGCUCACGUUUUAAACUCCCUGUUUAAUAUAAAAGUCAAAACCGCUUGAAAUACGUUUAGCAACAGUGCUCGAAAAGUGAACAUUUCCGUAAAUUUUAGAUGAAGACAAAACGUUGGUAAAAGUCAUUUUACAAUGAUGCUACGGUUAAAUAAAAAGACAGUUAUAAUCGCUUUUUCUGGUUUGUUGGCAUUCUUGGUAUUUUUUUCCAUCUACAUGGGCAAAGAUAUGACUCGUGUUCUACCGUCAUCAAUCCAAGACACUACACCUGUGUUGUUGGCUGCUGCUCAAUUGGAUAAACUUUGGAACUAUGUUUACACAAUGCAGUAUAAAUGUACCAAGUCUGAAUAUCUUGGUGGCAAACCUGAAAUGAGGAUGGAUGGUGCGUAUGAUUUAUGUACUGAAGAGAAGUUCUGGCCCCUAAGUACAAACAAGGACUACAAGUGCCUCAUGUAUUCAUUCGGGGUGGGGUUUGACUUUUCCUUUGAUGAUGAAAUUGCAAAGAAAAAGUGUGAAGUUCAUUCAUUUGACCCAAGCAUGACUUAUGAAGACGGUUGGCAUCGUGAAUCUGGAGUUACUUUUCACAAGACUGGGAUCUCAGAUGUAGAUCUUGAUAAAGAUAGCAAUGGCUGGAAGAUGCGAACUUUAAAAACUAUACUGCAAGAAAUGCACCACAAUGGACGCUAUUUAGAUUAUUUAAAAGUGGACACCGAUGCACCAGGAAACAGGGGAGGCUUUGAGGACGUGCUUCUACAAGAGCUGUUAGAUACUGGCCUGCACAAAUGUGUUCGUCAAUUUGCCAUGGAAAUCCACCUGGCUGGUCCUCUUACUAAGAAGAAGUGGGCAGAUCGGGUUGACACGAUAUACCGACAACUUCUCCAACUCCGUGAUCAUGGUUGGAAAAUUUACAACACCACAGACAACAUACGUUGGGAACCAGAUCUAAGUUAUACUCAGCUGAAGGGCAAGCAGAAAAUUUUAUAUAAUGAUGCAAUUAUAUUGUGGGAAGUAGCAAUGGUUAAUACAGGGAAGGUAGAGCCUUGUCAGCCCAAGUAACUAUGUACUAAUCAAGAUGGAAUUGCUGUGUGGUAGACAAUAUUGCAAUGCAUUAGGUGGUUUUUAAUUUUGGACAAAUCUUUGUUAAUUUUUUUAUGCAACAUAUUUAGAGAAUAUUUCAUGUUGCACCUAUUGCGUUAAUGCUGAUUUUACUUUACACAGUUUUUUUUGUAAAAUUUGGUUGCUUUUUUUAAACGUUUUUUCCACCAUAGGCUUUGUAGUUGUGUGAUUGAAAGAAGUUCGUUUGCACAAAUAUUGCUAAUUGUUUUGUGUUCCUUACAUGAACUUUGUACACACCAUAUUAUCUUCAAGUUUUGUUACCUCAGUCAUUAAACUGUUUUAUGAACGAUAAACAUUUCCCAGCAUUUAAUUUCUUCAACUAUUUGUGCAUUUUGGGUCUAUUAACCUUAUCUUUUAUACUGUUUUGCGGUUUUCAGUAUACUGUAUUACAGUUUGCAACUUUCUGCGUUUUUCUGUACUGUUAAUAAAAUCUGGUUGGUGUCACAUUA